AUGCUGGGUCGCCUCGUCAAGCAGUACUAUGCGCUCGAGUACAACGUGCGCUUAACGUACUUGUACUCGGCAUUCUUCUGUUCGUCGUGCAGUAUCAUCUUGGACCAAGUGCUGGCUGGCUACAUCUACGUCUUGACCGGAUCGAACGAGCCCGUGGGCAUGGUUACGGGCAUCAUCGGCCUCGUGCGCAUGCUUGUGACGUUUCCCGCGGGCUACGCGUCAGAUCGGUUCCGCCGCGAUACGGUGCUCAAGUUUGCCGGUGUUUUGGGUUUGAUUUGUGCCGCCAUCAGUCUGUCGGCAUAUAUAUCGGGCCACAUGCUGCUGCUAUACGUAGCGUAUGCGUGCUGGGGCGGGUACUUUGCCAUCCAGCGCCCCGCGACCGAAGCCCUCUUCGCCGACUCCAUUCCCAACGGCCAGCGCGAAGGCCCAAUGACUACCAAGUACAUUUUGAUGAACGUCGUCGGCACCCUUGGUCCCAUCGCUAGCAUCGUGUUCUUCUACAUCUACGGCGACUCGUGGUCCCUUUCUGGCCUUCAAAUCGUCUUGUGCGGCGGCAUGAUUGUGGGUAUUCCUGGUCUCGCGGUACUCUUUUUCUUCAACGACGACCUCGCCUACGAAAACAACCGACGAGCCAACAACCGGCUGUCGAUCAUCGAAGACGGCGAAUUGUCCGACCUAGAUGUGACACCGCGGGGCAAAGAGCGGUCUUUAUUGCUGCAAAAUGAUUCGGACAACGAACCACCGGAAUUAUGGGAAACCGCCAACACAUUUUACUGCCUCGGUCCGCGCCACAUUCCCUUCAUCUUGUUCGUGACUGACUUUAUCAUGUACAACGGCGCCGGCCUGUCGAUCAGCUUUUUUCCGCUGUUUUUUCAAAACGUAUACGGCCUAACGCCUUCGCAAGUGAACCUGCUCUUUGUGAUCCAACCCGCUUUGGUUGUGUUGCUCAC